AGGACCAAUCAGAUCCUUCAGUACCCGGAACACCAGUUUCAAACUUUGGCGGCGUUGAAAUUGGCAUGUAUGCUAGGUAAAAGUUUGGUUUUGACGUUAGUUGGUGAGAAAACACAAACAAGGUUAUUAGUUGACUUGUCGACGAAAAGGUGAAAUAGUUUUAAAGCGACCACGGCAAACUUGCUAGGUAGCGCGAGUUAAUCAAACGUUAGCUCGUUUUCAAAAGUUUAGCUAGCUAACGUUACCGGGAUUUUAAUUUCUCCGUUAACGUUACAGCACAAAAAAAAAGAAGCUACAAUGGAGACCAGCCUUUCCAGGCUUCUUGUUGGACUCUCUGUAAAAAUCAGUCGCAGUGAUGGUCGAGUACAUAUGGCAACAGUGAAGUCCACGGAUACCGUCAAGUCUACGGUUAUGGUUGAAUGGAGUGAAAGAAAGAUCUGCCGAGGAAAGGAGGUUGAUUUGACUGAGUUAUGUACACUCAAUCCAGAGCUUUUGGACCAUAUAAAGACUGUCACAAAGCCCACUUCUGACCCAGCCCCUCUUGCUCCAGACAAGAAGUAUGAGGGUCGACUGCGCUCAUCCAGAAUUCCUGCCCCUCCCUCCUCCUCUGCUCCACCAGUCACCAUAGCUGAAGAGUCAGUUGCCAAUCGGUCUCAGACUAGGCAGACGUGUUCGUUCCAGGCCCCGGCCCCUGUUCCAGCAUCAGUCCCAACCUCCGAAUCUUCUCAGGCAAACUUGGAGACGGUCCACCCUAAUCUCCCCUCUUCAUCAUCACUCCUCACAAACUCUGCACUUCAUAAUCAGCACCAUAGAAAGAAUGAGCCCAAACCAGCACAGUCACUUCAUUUUGUCCGUGAGGCAAUAAAGGAAAAUGAACCUGAGAUAAUGCCUCCUCCAUCUUCAGUCAAAGGCAAAAGAAAAUCGGUGGUUUCUAAAGAGCUAAACAAAGGUAACAAAAGGCUGUCUUGUGUUGUAAAGCCCCCCGACAUGCAGACCAAGAGAGGAAAGUUUGGAGAGGCUCCCCGACCAAACCAGAAGUUCUAUGAGAUGAUCCAAGACUUCAGAGAGACCUUGGAAAUAAACCCCUUAUCAACAAAUGAGCACAUUGAACCUCACAGGAUCUGUGUGUGCGUGCGCAAGCGCCCCCUUAACAAACAAGAGACUAAUAAAAAGGAGAUCGAUGUGGUGUCUGUACCUGGAAAAGGUACUCUGCUUGUCCAUGAGCCAAAACAGAAGGUGGACCUCACCAAGUACUUGGAGAACCAAACGUUCCACUUUGACUACUCCUUUAAUGAGACCGCCACCAACGACCUGGUCUACAAGUUCACAGCCAAACCGUUAGUGCAUUCCAUUUUUGAAGGUGGAAUGGCAACAUGUUUCGCCUACGGCCAGACUGGAAGUGGGAAGACUCAUACUAUGGGAGGUGAUUUCACAGGGAGGCAGCAGAACAGCGCUAAAGGAAUCUACGCCUUGGCAGCCCAGGAUGUUUUCGCCUAUCUGAACCACCGGAGAUAUGCAAACCUGGACCUCUCUGCUUAUGUCAGCUUCUUUGAGAUUUACAAUGGAAAAGUGUAUGACCUCCUGAAUAAGAAGGCCAAGCUCCGUGUUCUGGAGGACGACAGACAGCAAGUUCAGGUGGUUGGCCUGGAGGAGGUCUAUGUGUCCAGCGCAGAAGAGGUCAUCAAGAUGAUCCAGCAGGGCAGUGCAUGCAGAACAUCAGGCCAGACCUCUGCCAACGCCAACUCAUCCCGCUCUCAUGCCAUUCUUCAGAUCGCCCUGCGGCGCAACGACCGUGCCACCACGCUGCAUGGCAAAUUCUCACUGAUUGACUUGGCUGGCAAUGAGCGCGGCACUGACGUCAGUAGCAAUGACCGCGCCACUUUAGUGGAGACUGCUGAGAUCAACCGCAGCCUGCUGGCUCUCAAGGAGUGUAUUCGCUCACUGGGAAUGAACAGCGAUCACAUUCCUUUCCGAAUGAGCACAUUGACCAAAGUCCUCAGGGACUCCUUCGUUGGAGAAAAGUCCAAGACGUGCAUGAUUGCUAUGGUGUCUCCAGGCAUGACUUCAUGUGAAUACACGAUGAACACACUACGUUAUGCGGACAGAGUGAAAGAACUGAAUGGCAAAUCCAAGAUCACCAGAGAAGCUAAGGCACAAGAGCCUAUAAAUAGCUCCACAGAGGAGGAAUCUGUUGUGGAUACCAGUGUAUAUGAUGCCAUAUCGCAAGUGGCAGAGCUGGAGGAGAAGGUUUUUGUACAGUUUCAGAGGGCCAAUGAACACAUCAAUGCAAUGAGCCAAACCUCUUACAAUGUUGUGGAAGGACUCCCCGACCUGGUGGAUUAUGCAAAGAAAUUAAUGGACACAUUACAGACUUUGCAGACUGCUGUGGAAAAAGAGAGCAUGGCAAGGCAAAGCUACUGAGAAGAACCCACCAACUUGCUCACAAAGUGUGUUUAUUAAAAAUGUCUGUUUUUAAGCAGUUUGAUUUCAAUGUUUUUAACAACUGUAUUAAAUAAAUGUAUUGAGACACUA